AUGUCCCUUGCCUUCUCUACUGCCCCGGUCAACCAUCACAACGGCUCUCACGCUCACUCCCAGCACUACGGAUAUAAUCAUUCUAUGGAUAGAGGGCCAUCCGAUUAUCAACAAUCAGACCAGCCUGCAUCAAACUACCAGACCCCUUCUCAGGAAGUAAGGUCGGCUUCAUCCACAUACUCGUCAUCUGCCACUCCCUCUUCAGAGUACGGAGGCACUGUCAGUUCUUCUUCAAGGACACCUACUUUCCCACCCGACUACAAUUUAGGUGGUCAUCGGUAUUCCGAGGCGCCUCGUUACCACCCGUCAAGUUCUACUGCCGGAGACCCUAGCGUCCCUGCCCCGAGCCCACACUACGCACCCCCGACAAACCAACAAUACGCGCAUUACCCGCCUCAAAACCCCCAUCCAAUGUCGGAAACAUACUCUAACGGCGGUCAUGGCAAUUGGCGUCCUGAAUGGGGCCCACCCACAGGACAACACUAUAUGAAUGGCGCCCAAUACAAUCCCCAUGGUUCACCUACUGCAAGUGUGUCAUCGCUCUCUCCUGGCGGCACGCCGGUCAAUCGCAAUGUAAAACAAGCUGGCCGUAAGCGCAUCUCAGACCAGACUGCGCAACACCCUCUUUCCCAGGUAUACUCCUUUGUGCCUAUCCCUGGUGCACAGCAGCAUAAGCGGCCUCGUAGGCGGUAUGAAGAAAUUGAGCGCAUGUACAAGUGUGGGUAUAAUGGGUGUGAAAAGGCAUAUGGAACAUUGAAUCAUCUCAAUGCGCAUGUGACAAUGCAGAGCCAUGGUGUUAAACGCACCCCAGAAGAAUUCAAGGAAAUCCGCAAGGAAUGGAAGGCGCGUAAGAAGGAGGAAGAGGCUCAACGGAAGGCCCAGGAGGAGGCAGAGCGCCAGCGAAGCACCGAAGGUGGAUCAGCGACCGAGGUUGCUCAGGUAACUCCUGGUGCUGCCGCCCCAGCUUCAAGUGCGCAAUAUACCGCUGGUGGUAUGGCUCCUCGUCAACUCCCACCCAUUGCCUACCAACAGCCUCCUGUACCGAACGUUCACUACCCCGCAGCGCCAACAGCGACUAUGGAUCAAAUGCAGCAAUACCAGCAGUCCACGAUCUAUAACACAUAUCAACAGGCGCCAUAUCCUGGACAAGGCCCACAACAGAUCUUCCCAGGCCAGGCCCGCCAAGCACCCAUUCCACCUACAAAUGAGGAACCGGAUGCGGAUGCUGAUGCGGACCCUGAUGUCGCUUCAGCUCAAUCGUCCUACAACCAAUAA